GUGCUGAUUAAAAGACAUAACAAAGUCUACGCAUUUUCCGAGAAUAUUGAGGAACUUUUUUCCUUCAUUGCAUUGAUGCAAGUUGUUUGCAAAACUUUAGUCAUUUGUUGCUUAGGAUUCGUUAUUAUAAUUUCGGUUCAUAAUGAAAUCGAUUUCUACUUGUUUGUGAAAGCUGCUGUGGCUUAUAUUGCCGUAAUGAUAGAAAUCUUUAUUAUUUGCUUUGCCGGAGAAUAUCUUAGUCUUAAGAGUAAAUCAGUCGCUGAUGCAGCAUAUAAAUCGUUGUGGUAUGAUAUGCCAAUUAAUCAGACUAAAAUUAUAUCAUUCGUGAUAAUGAAAUCCCAAAGGCGAUUGUCAAUCACUGCAGGGAAGAUGAUGGAUAUGUCAUUCGAAGCUUUAACGAAUAUCAUGCGGGCAUCGGCAUCAUAUGUAUCUGUCUUGUAUGCGAUGUAUUGA